AUGGUCCAACCACGACCAAGACCACAUCUACUCCGUUGCGUUGGGCAGGCAUUCAAAGGAUGCAGGGCUACUCAUAGCAGUUCGGACAGCUACAGACUCUCGAUUGCCCGUCUACUCGAUGAUAAACCAGCAUAUGCAAAGGAUGUCGUCGUGACGGGCUUCGUACGGUCUAUCAGAAACCAGAAGCAGAGGUCAUUUGCUUCAAUUGGUGACGGGUCGAGUCUCGAGUCUCUCCAAGCCCUUCUGACGCCUGCACAAGCCCAAAGUCUUUCGACGGGGACAGCAGUACGCUUUACGGGAUCAUGGAGACCGUCCCCGAAUCCGAAGGCUCAAAGCCACGAACUCCAUGUGGCAGAUGUGGACAUUAUUGGACCAGCCGAGGCCUCUACCUUUCCAUUGCAGAAGAAAUAUCAUACCCCUGAAUAUCUGCGAACAAUGCCUCACCUGCGAACGCGAGUUCCUCUGAACUCUACUCUCUUGCGCUUUCGAUCGGAUGCCAUUGCUGCUGUCACGAACAUGUUCUACAAAGACGGAUUCACGCAAAGCCACACACCUAUAAUCACUUCAUCUGAUUGUGAGGGAGCUGGGGAAGUCUUUCACCUUGAUAGUUCCCAAAAAGGACCGAAAACUAAGGACGAUGACGGAACAUUUUUCAGAGCCCCAAAAUAUUUGACUGUCUCAAGCCAGCUCCAUCUCGAGGCUCUAGCCCAGUCUGUUGGCAACGUGUGGACAUUGUCACCAACAUUCCGCGCAGAGAAAAGUGAUACAGCUCGUCAUCUGAGUGAGUUCUACAUGCUGGAGGCGGAAAUUAGUUUCACAGAAGACAUGAAUGAUGUCAUGAGAGUGGUUCAGAAUACUAUUGGAGCUAUUACGAAAGACCUGGAAAGUGGUUCCAGGGUGGGCAAGGAGCUACUCAGUGUAUCGCCAGAUUUAGACUUGUUACCACGCAGGUGGAGGGGUGGAUCUCGUGACUUUCCUAAAGUUACAUACACAGAAGCUAUCAACAUCCUAAGAUCCAGCUCACAUCAAUUCGAGUAUGAGCCGAGAUGGGGUGCAGGUCUUCAAGCAGAACACGAAAGGUACAUUGCCAAUGAGCUGGGUACGAGCUGGGAUGCGUCGGUCCCCGUCUUUGUCACGCACUAUCCCAAAGUUAUCAAGCCAUUCUACAUGCUAUCGACAGCCGCCAACGAAAAUAGCCGCGAAACCGUGGAUUGCUUUGAUCUACUGGUCCCCGAGGCAUGUGAAAUCGUCGGUGGCUCGAUGCGCGAGCACCGUCUCGAGCCACUUAUCAAGUCGAUGCAGGCUUGCAAGAUGAUUCCUCCUGGCCCCAUACCCUCUGAUGACGAACUUGGUGAGCUGAAAUGGUACAUAGAUCUACGAAGAUGGGGUAGCGUACCACAUGGGGGUUUCGGUCUGGGCUUCGAUCGACUGCUAGCAUACUUGGCGGGUGUGCCAAACAUUCGAGAAAUGGUAACCUUCCCUCGGUGGGUUGGACGUUGCGAGUGUUAG